AUGGAUUCUGGUUCCACCACCACCACCACAUCCUCCUCCUCUUCCCCAUCUUUUAUCUCAUCCUUGAUAUCCUCGUCCUCCUUCUCCUCCCCUUUCAAAGACGGGGUCAUGCUCUACAUGCUCUACCUAAGCAAGGAGGAGCUGCAGAGGUUCAAGCAACUUCUAGUGGAUGAGAACCCCAGACCUGGCUCUGUCCAGCUCACCUGGGACCAGGUGAGGACAGCCACGUGGGGGGAGGUGAUUCAUCUCUUGACAGAGUUCUUCCCUGGGCGACUAGCCUGGGAUGUGACCCAUGACAUCUUCGCCAAGAUGAACCAGAUGCAACUGUGUCUUCGGGUGCAGAUGGAACUACAAGACAUCCUACCUAACUUGGAGCCAGAGGCCUUGAACCCGAGAGGAACGCAAAUGAACGUGGAGGCAGAAGAAUCUGAUGAAAUACAGAACUACCGACUACGCCUGACGUGUCAGUACCGCCCUGAGGGGAACAAGAGAACGUGGCCUGGGAACCAAGCGGACUUCUUCUACCAAGAUAUACCCGCCCACCAGAGGCUUUUACCGUGUCUGUUCCUUCCCAGGAGACCUCAAGGUCGACCGCCCAAGACCGUUGUCCUGCAGGGAGUCGCUGGGGUGGGAAAAACAAGCCUGGCCUACAAGGUGAUGUCGGAGUGGGCGGGAAACACGUUCUACCGCCACAAGUUCCGCUAUGCUUUCUAUGUCCCCUGUGGUGAUGUGGCCUGGGACACGGAGCAGAGCCUGUGUGAGCUGCUCUCACGCCAGUGGCCCGGGUCUCGGGCUCUCAUGUCCAAGGUGAUGUCCCAGCCAGAGCAACUGCUGCUGGUCCUGGACGGCUUCGAGGAGCUGACAUGGACCCCCACGGACCCACCGGAGGACCUCAGUGAGGACUGGAGCCAGAAGCUGCCAGGGUCUGUCCUCCUGGCCAGCCUGCUGAGCAGAAAGAUGCUCCCCGAGGCCACGCUGCUGCUCCUGCUGAGGCUGUCGUCCUGGCGGGUCACCAAGCCCUUUCUGAAGUCUCCCUCGGUCAUAACGCUCAUGGGGUUCACUGAGGUGGAGAAAGCCCGGUAUUUCAGGACGUAUUUCGGCAACAAGGAGCAGGCCGAGAGAGCCUUGCGUUUUGUCAUGGGGAACCCCAUCCUCUUCCCUAUGUGCCAGGUGCCUGCCGUCUGCUGGCUGGUUUGCUCGCGCCUGAAAGAGCAGAUGGAGCGCGGUGCCAACCUGGCCGUUGCGUUCCCCAACGCCACCGCCGUCUUCGCCCGGUACCUGUCCAGUGUGCUUCCCGGCCCGGCUGGAAGCCCCCUCUGUGGCCCUCGCCAGGAGCAGCUGGCCGGCGUCUGUAACCUGGCGGCAGAAGGCAUGUGGAACAGGCGGUGGGUGUUCGGCAAGAAGGACCUCGAGCAGGCCAAGCUGGACGCGCCGGCCGUGGCCGCUCUCCUUGGGGCGAAUAUUCUCCGAAGGGUUGUCGGCGGGGAGGACCGCUACGCCUUUGCCCUCCUGAGCUUCCAGGAAUUUUUUGCAGCCUUGUUGUACGUCCUCUGCUUUCCGCAAAGCCUCCCCGAUUUCCAGGCGCUGGACCAGGCUCACGUGAAACGCCUGGUAGCGUACCCAGGGAGCAAGAGAAACCAUCUCGCCCACAUGGCUGUCUUUCUCUUCGGCCUCUUAAAUGAGUCGUGCGCCCGGGCGGUGGAGCGGUCCUUUGGAUGCCAGCUGUCCUUGGGGAAUAAGAAGGAGGUACCGAAAGUGGCGGCCCUGUGGCGGGAAUGCGGCCCACCCACCGUGCACCACGGGGUCCCUCACCUGUUCCACUGCCUGUAUGAGAUCCAGGAGCCGACUUUCCUCAGCCAGAUCCUGCACGACUGCCAGAAAGCCACCCUGAUCAUCAGGAAGAAUAAGGACUUGCAGGUGUCUGCCUUCUGCCUCAGGCACUGUCAGUGUCUGCGGGAGGUGGAACUGACCGUCACCCUGACCAUCGCCAAGGCGGACAGUCGCCACCCCUGUGCACCUUCCUCCGCUGGACCCGAAGGGAACAAUCUGCGCUUUCACUGGUGGCAAGACCUCUGCUCCGUGUUUCGGACGCACGAGAGUUUGGAAGCCCUGGCUCUGACGAACAGUCUUAUGGAGCCUGACACAGUGAGGGUGCUCUCUGCGGCGCUGAAGCACCCGCACUGUAAACUGCGGAAACUGAUUCUUAGGCACAUGCAUCGCUCCCUGAUGAUUGAAGACUUAAUUCUCGUUUUGAUGGAGAACCAGUAUCUGAACCACCUGGAAAUACAAGGCACAGCAGUGCAAGGUGAGGCUGUGGAAGCUCUCGGCAUGGCCUUGAAGUACCAGCAGUGUUUUCUGCAGUGUCUGAGGUUGGAAGACUGCUCGGUCACCCCUAAAAGCUUGCGUAGCCUUGCCAGGAACCUCCGCAGCAACUUCCACCUGAAGACGCUCAUGCUGAGCAAUAGCUCCCUAGAGGACUCAGGGGCCUAUUACCUGUCAGUGACCCACCUGGAGAGACUGUCGUUGGAGAACUGCGACCACACUCUGCUCCGCUAUAACAGUCUCAUCUGUCCUCUCGAGAACAGCCAGAGGCUGACCCACCUGAGCUUGGCGGGGAACGCCUUGAACGAGGAAGGGGCCAUCGAACUUUGGGACGCCUUGCAACAUGCCAAGUGUCCUCUACAGAGGCUGGUCCUGAGAAGUUGCGCCUUGACCCCUGGCUGCUGUCAGGAUAUGGCCUCGGCUCUUAGUCAGAAUAAAACCCUGAGAAGCCUGGACCUUGGUCUCAACAGCCUGAAGGACGAGGGUGUCACCCUGCUGUGUGGGGCCCUGCUGGACGGUGGCGCUGGAUUACAGGUUCUGGAGCUGGAGGGCUGCCUGCUCACCUCCGGUUGCUGCCAGGCUGUGAAUUCCAUGCUCCUGCGCCACCACAGUCUGAGGUACCUGGACGUGAGCAGGAACGACAUCGGGCGCGGCGGCGUGCAGCUCCUGCGGGAGACCUUUCGGAAGUGGACGUGCGACACGAAGAUCGUUCUGGAGAGGAAACAGAGCUGCGGCGUGGAUUUGAUGGCCCGGCUGGAGGGCCCCGCCGUGGACGAGGCCGUCCUGAAGGUCGUCCAGGACUGGGACGCUGAGGGCUCCGCGGGGGCCGCGCAGACGGAUUGA